AUGACGGUUUCGCAUUUUAAAGAUCAGCAAAUGCGAAAUCCUCGUUUAUCAAGCAUAGACACUGAGAAUGUUACUGCACUCAAAAAGAGGCAAAGUGCUUCAAAUGGAGAAAAUAGUAAGAAAAGUACGCAGGCCCAAAAGGAUGAAAGUAAAGAAGCUGAAGACAGUUCAAGAGACAGUGAUCUGCAUCAACAUGAUGUUUCUAUUUAUGAUGACGUGUCAUCAUUAGAGAGCGAAUCUUACUCUGAAUCAAUAGAAUCAGCAAGUAGUAUACCUUGCCAAGAUAAGCUGGCCAAGUUGGCAGAAAUCGUGAUUGAUUUUGAUAUGAAUUUUAAUGAGGCAAAAAACAAGAGGAAAUUGGAUGUGGAAGAAGUCCUUAAAGCAGAAAUUGCACUCAGAAACACAAGUGGAGGUGUUAUAAGAAUUAACAGCACACACAAACCAGCAGUGAAAGAUAGAGAUGACUGGAUGAAAGAAUUGUACGAAAAACGAAAGACUUUACUUGGCAGUGAAUGUGGUGAAAAAGAUUCAAUUGAUGACAUUUUAGAUAUUGAAACCAAGGAUGCCACGACUUCCAUAUUUGUAAGGAAGUCAUCAGUUACCAUUCUAACUGAUGAUUCUCACCUUCGACAGCGCAGCGAAGGGAGAAACUACAAAGUCUCUUUGUAUUCCAGAAUUUGUGAGCUGCUAAAUAAGAAAGAAAGAAGGUGUGUCUGUGCAAACAAUCCAAAAUUCCAUACAUCAUUUCGUUUGGAUGAAAAAUUGUCUUAUGAAACAAUGACUGAGGAACACAAGCUGCUUAAUCCCAACAAGGAUGAAAACUUGGCCAAACGCCUUUGCGACAAGCUAAGUGAUAAUGUAGUGGCAUUUGCAAACACUCAGGGAGGGACAGUGUACUUCGGAAUAGAAGAUAAACAAUCUCUCAUCAAAGGACAAAAGAUCAAAGAUAACGAAGAGAAAGAUAAUAUCCAUCGCAGUAUAGUUGAAUGUAUGGAACGAAAGCUUUGGGCUUUGGAUUCUGGAGAAGAGGUUAAGCCUAAAGCAGGAGACGAUUAUCAUAUCAAGUUUUUCCGAGUAGAUGGAGCUGGCGAUGACACUUAUGUCAUAACAGUCCAUAUCUGUGCUUUCCCUGGUACUGCUGUGUUUAAGCAGAAACCAGAAUGCAGUGUACUGGAUCAGGAAAACCAAAUUGUCAAUAUGGAAUUUAAGGAAUGGCUUUCUCUACACAAGCCUACUUCUGGAGGAGAUGAAAAUGACCUAAAGAAAUUAAAACGUCAAAUAUGUGAGAGAACAGUCUAUUAUACUGUGGAAGACAGCAUCGAAGAUAUUUACAGUGAUUUGAUAGAAGGUUCACCAGGGAGACUAAAGAUCCGGCAAAAAUAUGCAAUGAAUUCAAGAAACAGAAGCUUGAAAACAUUUAUUAACUGUUUGAAAAAGAUGUUCAUACAAAAUAAAUGGGAAGGCAUCGUAUUCAUUGAAAGAUGUUGGGAAGUUAAUAUAGGGCUUCCAAACACAAAGCCGGCAGAGGUGAUUCAGGACAUUUUGGUUUGCUCUCCAAGCAUUCCUCUUUUAUUGGUUAGUCUAUGUGAGGGAGAAGCUACCAGUGAAAGCUGCAAGUACAACAUAAAGCUAGCAACUAAGUUGAAGGGGAUACUUGCCCAAGAAGGAGGGUGCAUGGAGAAAUUCUAUGUUAAGCCUAUCACGCUUGCAUGCUCUGUAGAAGAUGACAUAGGCAUACUAGAGAUGAUAUCUCAUACAUCUGUCUAUCCCGAAGCCUACCAGAUGUCUACUGAGAAAUAUCAGGCCAUCGUUAAAGCCCUUGUCCCUGUACUUGCCAGAGUGAAUUCCUCAUUUAAAGGAACUGUUGGCAAUCAUCUUUUUCAUUUGCUCACCAAAAAGCAAUAUGAGAUUCUCUUUGAGAAUUUGCAAUCACCAAAAUUGAUGAUAACAGGCCCCCCUGGCAGUGGGAAAACAGUUUUGGCGAUUGAACGUAUUCAUCGUCUACGAAGACAGGGCUUUUCUUCUAAACAAGUUUUGUUUAUGUGCUCAAAUAAGGUGCUGGAGGCUGAAGUCCGGAACAUGGAGGUAAUCAUGGAUGGUAAAUCAGAGCCAUUAUGCUUAGUAUACAAUUAUUAUGGAAUAAUUUUUUGUCUGAAAAAGAAAUGUGUUGAUGAACUUGCUGGGGUGAAGCAUAUUCUCAUUGAUGAAUUUCAAAAUUUCAAGCGGAAAUCCCGAGAUAUUCCAAUUAUUGACUGGUGGAGGAGAUUUAUAGAAUUGUACGAUAACAAGAGUCCUCCAAGUCUUUGGAUAUUUAGUGACACCUCCCAGCAGAUAAUUAAAGGACCGUGUGUACUUGAAACACUACCAGAUGGUUUCUCCCAAUGCCAGCUGAGUACCGUCAUCAGAACGACUCGCAAAAUACACAGAUUCAUCUUUGAGAAAUUCAUGAAGAAUGGCCCACGGAAUCAUAUUGGGCAUGAUUUUGAUGGAGAAAACGUCAAAGUUUUGGUGCCAAGACCAUCAAGAGUUAGUAGAAAAGUGCACUUGGUAUACAUGUUGAUUCACCUACUUAAAGACAUGGUUAAUAAGGGAGUUGAUCCAGACACCAUUGGCGUCCUUUUUACUGAUGAAAAGGAAAAGAAUUUGUAUCGUAAAUUAUUUGAUGAACGCACAAGGUAUUGUCCAGUCAAGGAUGGAAAGGCUGUUUCUGAACAUGGUAUUGUGUUUGACACUAUCCGUGUCUUCUCUAGGGGGGGUAAAGACAUCAUUAUUGGGUUCUGUCCCCUCUUUGCUCCUAAUUCAGGUUUCCAGAAUAAGGAUGCUUUGAUGAUUUCAUUAUGCAGUCAGGCAAAGCUCAAGCUCAUUUUGAUCCUUGAGAAUGAAAAAGUCGCACAUUCUUUUGGAUUGGCCAACUGCAUGGAAAACACAGAUAUCCCAUGGGAAAAGGAUGUUGUAAUUAUAGACUUCAGGGUGUGAAACACUAAAUCCAACAAAAAAAACCCAGCUAGUGUAGCAGGAUCACAGGAGGUUGAGUAGGAAGGAGAGAGAUCCAAGGUUCCAAGUUAUUGGCAAGUUAUUUUAUUAAAGGCUCAAAUCAC